AUGGGGGAGGAUGCUGAUUCUGACAUAUGGAUAGAGAAGUAUCGUCCUACAACAUUGUCGGAAAUUGUAGGAAAUAAGGAAGUUACUAAGCGCCUAAAGUUUAUCGCUAAGGAUGGGAAUAUGCCAAAUAUGCUCAUAGCUGGCCCUCCUGGCACUGGGAAAACUACCAGCAUCCUAUGCCUAGCAAAUGAAAUGCUGGGACCUAUGGCUAAAAAGGCAGUGCUGGAAUUAAAUGCCUCAGAUGAUAGGGGAGUAGAUGUUGUUAGAGAUAAGAUAAAAACAUUUGCCAAAGAAUCUACCACUUUGCCAAAAAAUAAGCACAAAAUUGUCAUCCUUGACGAGGUUGAUUCGAUGACUGAAGCGGCUCAGCAAUCACUUCGGCGCAUUAUGGAAAUUUACUCUGAUACUACAAGAUUUGCUUUGGCUUGCAAUCAAUCUACAAAAGUUAUAGAACCAAUCCAGAGUCGUUGUGCGAUAAUUCGUUAUUCAAAAUUGGAUAAUGAACACAUGCUCAAGAGAUUAAUUGAGAUAUGCGAACUGGAAAAAGUGUCUUACACACAAGAUGGAAUGGAAGCCCUUCUAUUCGUAUCCGAUGGAGAUCUCAGACGCGCUUUAAACAACUUGCAAAACGUAUCAGCUGGUUUUCGUAAUGUAAAUAAGGAAAAUGUAUUCAAAGUAUGCGAUGUACCAUCACCCGAAAAGCUUAAUGAUUUGCUCACAAAUUGUCUAAAUGGCAAAUGGAGACCUGCACAUAAUAUUCUCCACGAACUACUAAAAUGCGGCCACUCAUCCAUUGAUAUUGUUGUAACUAUUCGUAACCUUUUGAAGACUUUUAAAGCCCCAGAACAUGUACUUUUGGAAUUUAUAAAAGCUGUUGCUAUAACCCAUAUGAUUAUCUCAAACGGUCUAUCAACAGUACUACAACUUGAGAAAUUGAUAGCCACUCUUUGUAAAGCGGCUUUAGUGCUUAGACAAUCCUAA